AUGGUUUCUACGAUACUUCCAGAUGUCGUACCUUCCAAUGGUGUAGUUGCUCGUCGUCGUCGACACGAAGAAUUCUUAUUAGAUAUUAAUGGUCAUCCUUCUGUGGUCAGCCUAAUGGGUACCAAUCGAGAUGGCAAUGGUCAGAUGAAAUCAGAAGUGAACGAAGGAGAAGAGGACCAUAUGAAUCAGAAUGAUGAUGGUCUAAGUGACAUUUCGGAUUCCGAAGUGGAUGAAAUUUUAAUGAAAACACUACACUGA